AUGUAUCCGCGUUGGGUCAGGCUGAUCCUGUCCGUGGUCCUCUUGCUUCGUCUAUGGGCAAGCGGCGGCCUCGCCGCGCCGACAGGCGAGCAGAAUCGAGUCAAGGUGGUUUUCCGCGGCGAUACUCAAACUCCGCUGGAACUUGAGGCUCGAGGCGGAUUUCUGCCAACAUUCCUUCCCGUGCCAGAGAGAAAGUACCGCUUGUCGGAACAUCUCCGUUACAACAAAGAAGAUUGGGGCGCCGUAGUCUCCCCCUACAUCUCGACAUCAGCCAAACCCGAAUCUGCAAUCUCUUACGCCACAAGUCGCGCCAAGACCAGGAAUAUCAAGGGAGGAAGCUAUCUCUAUCACAUUGAUGCGACGCCCAACUUCUUCGACUUGGCCAGAAGCUUGACCGCCAAGUAUGCGGUGAAGAUGGCAGAGUCGGUUGCUGAGUAUGACGCGCUAGGCGGCAUUCGCUUCGACCAGAUCCGAGGUUGGCAGCCUUUGCCAUUGGACAUUUCUAAAGAGAAACUGAAAGAAUAUAUCAAUGAUCAGACCAAGGACUUCGUCCGUAACGACAAGUGGGUCGAAGACAAAUACAAGGAAACCUCGGCCGGCGGCGCGGAGCCACAGCUUGACGACCUGAGUACAGAGCCUGGCAAUACGGCAUAUGACCAUGCUGUCAAGUUCAUGGACCGGGUAGGUUCCAUUGUGGGAUGGAAUGGCAAAUUUCCCUUGCUCGAGUAUCCCGACCAGGCCGAGAGGGUGGCGGCGGCUAGGAAGGCCGCUGAGGAGGUCGACGCCGCUUCCAAGAGGGUUGCUGAGGCAGCCGACAUGGCCAAGCAGUGGCUCGAAGAGAUUAACAAGCCUGGAACUCAGCCCCAAGAUGCCAUUGGGGUUGCAAAACUGGUUGUCAAAGCGGUCAAAGAGAUGAUCAAGGACGGUAAAAAGGUGGCUCAGCUCAGCGAAGAACAGGUCACCAUCUCGACAGCCAAGUAUGGAGACGUACGGCGUGCUCUUCGGCGUGCCAGAACAGAGGCUGCCGAGGCGACUCGAAUGGCGUACACCAAAGCGGCCGCGAGCCUCAGGGAGAAGGCUCAGCAGCUAUCCAAGAAAAAGGGCCAAGAGCUGGCCACGCAGGCUACGGAAGCGGCUCGCCAGGUUCGAGUCACCAAGAAAACGGCCUCCAAGACACUCGUGGGCAAGCUUCGAGCACUGCAACAAGCGACAGCUUACCUGGAACAAGAACAGGCAAAGGUCGGCUUGAUUGCCAACGAGGUCAGGGCCAAGGCCAUCCUUGAGCGGAAGCCAGUAGACCCACCCGCCGACAUGGUUUGGGCACCGAAUCGGGACACUGCGGUUCAGACCGCCUGGGAGGACCAAUCGGAUCUCAAGAAGGAUGUCACCGAGCUCAUGAAGACGGUUGAGGGUCUCACCAAAGAGGUCGACUUGGCUAAUAAAGCGGCCAAGAAGGUUCGUGAGUUCAACGGGGCGCCGGUCGAGGAGAACGAAACGACAGAUGAGUCGGAUGAGUCGGAUGAGGAAGAAGAGCAGGCGCUGCAACAACUGCCCAAGCCACAAGCUGAGCCGGCGGCGCCCAGAACGAAUCCUCCCCGGGUCGUCUUCUACGGCGACUAUUUAUGGCCGGAAGAGGCCCAGCAACAGGGGGGAUUCCUCCCACUCGCUGGCUCGUCACACCCACAGGCCUCGGCUGCCUCUUUGAGAAGCCAUGUCGCCCGCGGCGAUUCCCUCUACCUGGCGGCCUCGGAGAACCUGGGGACGGCAUUGAAGUGGGCGACAGAGAAGGCCAAGCAAACCGAGGGCUUCGACCCGGUCGUCUACGCCGUCCACGCCUCGCCCAACAUGGUUGACGUGGGCCUGACGCUGGGCGAAGAGUACGCCAACAAGGCCGAGCAGGAGUUUGCCGUGGCCGGAGCCAUCCCCUGGUCGCAGGUCAUGGGCUGGGUCCAGGUGCCUCGCGACUACGCCCUGCCCGAGCAAAAGGUGAACAAGGACGAGCUGAAAGAGCACUUCAAGCAGGCCCUCGGCGAGAAGAAGAAGCUCUUCCAAAAGAAUGAGGAGUACGACGCAAACAAGUAUGGCCAGUACACGGCCAACGCCAAGCCGCAGCCGCAGCUCCUUGAUGCGGAAGAGCCCCUCGACGAGUUUGCUAGCUUUAUGAAUGAAAACGGGGCAGCCGUGGGCUGGGCCAACAAGUUCCCCGUCUUCGAGGCCCCUGUUCACAUCACCAGCGAUCAUUCCAGGGCGGCCAAGGCCGGGAACAAGGUGGCUCAGCCGCACGAAGCUGGUUUCUUGGAAGAGGCCUGGGGUUUCAUCAAGGCUCAUCCCGUGGCCAUCGCAAUGCUGCCCGCCGUCGCUGCUGCCAACCUCAUUCCCGGCUUGGGCGAGGCGGCCGAUGUAGCCGAGGCGGCAGCUCUGGGCGCGGAUGUCGCGGAUGCGGCCGGCGUGUUGACGGAAAGCGUGGCAGUGGCCGGGACGGAAACCAUCGGCGGGACUGCGGCCGAAGUGGGAGGAACGCUAGCAGCCGACGGCACAGCCGAAGAGCUCGGGCUAAAAGAAGUCGAGGAGCAGCUGGCCAGGCUUCCCGAGGUCCUGACAAAUGAUCUUGAGGCGGAAGCGGAAGCGGAGACGGCUGAGGCAGAAUCAGCCAGUGCGGGCAGACCCAGGGUGCCCAAGACCAGGGAAGGAAAAAAGGGUACCAAGGUUGCUGAACUGGCUCCGUAA